GCUCGCGAGCGCACCCGAAACGGACGUGCCGUCUUUAUUUUACCGCGUUUUUCGUUUCCCUUUCGUUCUUUCCGUUUAUGAUUUGAGCCGACCACCAUGUCGAAGGGCGACGGUGAACAGCAGAACGGCUCGGGUGAGGAGUCCAAGACCAACCUCAUCAUCAACUACCUGCCGCAGAGCAUGACGCAGGAGGAGAUCAGGAGCCUGUUCUCGAGCAUCGGCGAGGUGGAGUCCUGCAAGCUGAUAAGGAACAAGGGCGCCGCCUUCCCGGACGCGCUCAACCACGCGCUCCACGGCGGCGGGCAGAGCCUCGGCUACGCCUUCGUCAACUACCACCGCCCUGAGGACGCGGAGAAGGCGAUCGCCACCCUCAACGGACUCCGACUUCAGAAUAAGACGAUCAAGGUCUCAUACGCGAGACCGAGCAGCGAGGCUAUCAAAGGUGCGAAUCUAUACGUUUCCGGACUUCCGAAGACGAUGACUCAGACUGAAUUGGAAAGGCUGUUCAGUCCGUACGGACGCAUUAUCACGUCGAGGAUUCUGUGCGAGAACUCUGGCGGCCGGCCGUUUACCGGCGGCGAGCAGGGACUGUCUAAGGGUGUCGGUUUCAUCCGCUUUGACCAGCGCGUGGAAGCGGAGCGCGCGAUCCAGGAGCUCAACGGGACAGUGCCAAAAGGUGCGACGGAGCCGAUCACUGUGAAGUUUGCGAACAACCCGAGCAACAACGGGAAGGCGCUGGCGCCUCUAGCCGCGUACCUGCCGGCGGCGCUACGGUUCCCCGCACCACUGGGCCGCUUCAGUUCAGGCAAGUCCUUACUCGCUAUCAACAAAGGCCUCCAGCGCUACAGCCCGCUAGCGGGAGAACUGCUCGGCGGGGUACUCCCGGGCGCCGUGGGCUCCGAAUGGUGCAUCUUUGUCUACAACCUCGCCCCAGAGACCGAGGAGAACGUCCUCUGGCAGCUCUUCGGCCCGUUCGGUGCCGUCCAGAGCGUCAAGGUGAUCCGCGACCUGCAGACCAACAAGUGCAAAGGCUACGGCUUCAUAACGAUGACCAAUUACGACGAAGCGGUGGUCGCUAUCCAGUCGCUCAACGGUUACACACUCGGCAACAGAGUGCUUCAGGUCAGCUUCAAGACCAACAAGAUAAAGACCAUCUAAGGGGGUCGCCCCAGACUCGGCCUAGCUGGACGCUAGGACGGCACAGCAGGCGCGCACCCAUACAUACCGACACCCCGGCGCCGGCCGACCCCGCCGCGCCUCAUCACCUGACUAGACUGUCUUCCGGGCAUCACACGGUUCGCCCCAUCGCUCAUGACGAUGGUACGAACUUUUUAUACGUUAAAUAUUAAAAUAAACAGCGGAUGUCUUCGAUUCGCUCCUUUGUGGGGCGGCCCUUUGUUCCGCGUGUUCAGCCAUUUCUUGACAUAAACGAGUCCGCGAUAUAUACAUUCGCGCACAGAAGUGGGUUAAGUGUGUUUCGGGAAAUCAAAAUGGCGACCAAUUUUCGCGCCCGGCGCGCAUGAACGGAUGAAAUGGCGGACGCUGAAUGAAAGGCCGCCCUGAGCAUGCAAUAAAUAACUUUAGAUCGACUGACGGCAUCAAAUGCCCGUUCGGAAAUCACUGGCCCGACUUAAUAACCAUACAUAUUGGUAAUAGUCAAUAACAAAAUAAUGAUAUUAAACUUCGCUUAUGAACGGUUGUGGUUAUCGAGAAAUAGUUUUCGAAUAUAAUAAAUAAUAUUAGCAAUAAUAACCUAAUGCUAUGCUCCAAUUUUAUAUGCGACCAUAUCGUGUUAAGUAUUUUAACGAACAUGAUUAGGCCACGAUUGGACUCAAACCAAUGUUUGCCAAAUGUACGAGAAAUCAUCUCCGCUCAGCGCUGGGCGCGACCCGCGCCGCUCCGGGCUCUCCCGAGCCAAGUAAAAUCGAAGUAAAAUAGUGUUAUAUUGUUAAAGAUUGGAAAAAUAUAUAUUAUCUAUACGUAUAUUUUAAUCAUAUAUUAAACUAAUUAAGAAUGAAAACUAAUCAAAAACUGUGAUAGGUUUUGAUAAAAUUUUAGAGAAAAAAAACGUAAAAAUAAAUAAAUCGGAAAAAGAUCCUGUGGAUAAAAAAGGACAACAUGGCGUCUGUCGCUCGAUUGUACCGGUGCGUUCCCGCGCAUUCAACUCGUGUAGGUAGGUAAGAAUUUUUGAGAUAAAUUUUGUGGAGAAAACGUAACUGGGAUCCGUGGCGUAUAGUACAUAUGGCGGGCGCUACCGGCUCGCUUGAGGAAGACGGGGCAAAUCGAUUUAGCUGUUCUGGGCUACGCACGGGAGGAAGUGGGGGUGGUGGCGACAGGGUGGCUGUCGUGCCUCCCUCCGCCGCGCGUGCGAGUGAGACGCGUCACCCCAGAGAGGGACAGCAUGCGCAGGCAAAUGCCGAGGUCACGAGCAGUGACGGGAGUGAAGGGGAGUCCGUUCGCGGGACAAUGGUGCAUACUCUAGUCUAACGAUGUCGUUUUCAAAAAAAUAAAUCGAUGUCUAAACAUAUGAUCGGUACCUGCUAUAAUAAUAAUGUAUGGAUGCGAACCUGCGUCUUUUCGAAGUAGGCUUUAAUUGUCUUAGUCUAAAUAAAAAUUUGUAAAUAGAAAAAAAAAUGUUGUUUAAAAAUAUUAAUUGUAUUCUCGCCGCGUCUAAAUACACGCCACAUCAGUUACCAGUACCAUGAUUACGACCUGACAAACACCUAUAUAAUGAACAUCGAACUUGAAUAGAUAUAAUAUCGUGCCGUCCUAACGACCCUACGAUUUUUGUAAAAAAAAUAUAUACUUAAUAUAUGUAAAAACAGUUUUGUAACAUUUCAGAUAUUAACUAAUAGGUACUCAUUACAUACCAAAGAUGGAG